AGUUCAAUGCCUUUUUUCUUUUCCAGGACUUACUCUUCUACAAAAAUCAGAAUUUUAAUUAUUAUUAGUGGACAAAAUAUAUAUUUUAUACAAAAAUCAGAAUCUUAAAUCAGAAUUUGUCCAUAUUUUAGUAUAUUUUAUAUAUCUUAAAUACUCCCUCCGUUUCAAAAUAAAUGAAUUGUUGGGGGUAUUUAUUGGUGUUUCAAAAUAAGUGAAUCAUUGAAUUUUUUUUUUUCAAAUUUACCAUUAUAAUUUAACAAUUAAUUAACUUUUGAAAAGAUAUUACAAGGUCAAUUUUUUCUUUUUUUGGGGUAAAAAUAAAAAGUUAUGUUAAAUUUAUGUCUUUAAUGUUUUUUUCUUAAUUUGUGUGUCAAAAUUUAAUAAUUCAUUUAUUAUAAAAUAGAGAGUAUAAAGUUGUGGAGACGGGAAUUAGAGCAGAAGAUUAGUUAAUAGAACAUUUGUCUCGCAUCUCUCUGCCUACUAAUAAAUAGUUGCUUAGUGUUGUAGUUUUAUGUACAUAUGUACAUAUUUAAUUGAAUUUCUCAUAUAGAAUGAUUAAACAAAUAAAGAUUGAUUGAGUGAAUAUUUUAUCAUGGAUAACUCAAUAAAUUAUAUUCUCUUCUAAAUUCAAACAACCCCAUUAUUUGUCCACGUGUCAGGUAUAUGAUCACACAAUCACACCAAUAAUUGUCCUCCCUUAAUGCUAUAAAAUCCCAGUCUCAGCAAUUCAUCAUUCAUCACAAUUAACAACUACACAAGAAAUUAGAUUUGUCUUAUAAUCUUUUUUUCCUAAGAAAAAAAAACAUGUCUUGCUGUGGAGGAAGCUGUGGCUGUGGAUCUGGCUGCCAGUGCGGCAGUGGCUGUGGAGGAUGUGGGAUGUACCCUGACAUGGAGAGCACCACUACCUUUACUAUCAUUGAGGGAGUUGCACCAAUGAAGAACUACGGUAAGGUUGAGGGAUCUGCAGAGAAAGCAACAGAAGGAGGAAAUGCAUGCAAGUGUGGACCAAACUGCAAAUGUGACCCUUGCAACUGUUGAGACAUCGCCAAAAUGUCUCUUGUUGUAUUAAUUAUUAAGUACUAUGUGUUUUAAAGCCUGUGUUAUUAAUAAGACUACAAAGCCAUUGAAUUGAAACAUCUUCAAAUCUUUUUGAUUAAGGUUUGUUUGAUGUUUUUAUUUCAUGGUUUUUACUUUUUAUGUUUGGUUUUCUAAUCUGCUUAUGUUUGUAUGAAGGAAGUUGAAUUGGGAUGUAACACUUUAAACUUUAUCAAUAUGCCAUAGAAGUUGUCUCCUUUUAUUAUGUAUGAAAUCUAUUUGUUUUUAA